AGCAGCAAAUGAGACAGAACAACGAGGCGGGAGAGGUAGAAAGAGAGACAGAGAGGGAGGGAGGUGGAGAGGGGCCCCGAGUAGGAGAGAGGGCUAUAGGGUGAGGAAGAAGUAGAGAAAAAAGUUACGAGAAGUAGGAGAAAGAGGUUUCAGUGAAAAAAAAAAAGAAUGAGUGCAGAGAUUAACAACUACAGGAGAGAGUAAGAAGAAGGGAAACAACAGACAGGAAGGAAGGGGAGGGAGAAGUCUUGGGUAGAGUUGAAGAAAAGUUUUCUUGUGGGAAGACUCAGAUGAGGAAAACAGAGCGAGUGAAUGACUGGGCGAGAGGGAGCAGAGAGGGGAGGAAACCAAUUGUUUUCUAAGGCGUUUUCCACUCAAGCCUCUGGACUUCUUUGGACAUGUACACAGAAGGCUCUCACACAACGGGACGCCACCGAUUCCAUCAGCACAUCAACACCAACGCCCCCUGCUCCUGCCAUCACUGCGUCCACUAUGAGCAGCCAGCGUACGUCCGUCACGGUGGGCCGGGAUACCAACCAGCAUCAGCCAGACAGACGGACCACCCGUCUCUGGACUGCGGGAGAGACACCAUGGCUCCUCGGGUUAAAGACGUAGGAGGGAGAGCUUUCCCAGCGGACAGAGCUGAGAGAAGCGGUCAUCGCAGCCCACAGAGGAGGCCUGUGUUCGCAGGGCCGGGCCCUCGCAGCCAGUCAGACGACUUGAGCCAAGUUUGCCCCUGGGAGUCGAACCCUGCCCAGUGGAGCUGCCCGCCGGAGCCUGGGGUGAGACACUACCCGUCUGUCAGGGAACAGUGUGGCUGUGUGGUGCGCGGCGUCACCAGGGCACACCCCUUUAACGCCGGGAUACCACAUCCUCUGCCCCAUCUUCAGGUCAGAGGUCAGGGGUACAGGCACCGGAGGACUGUCAGGUAUGUCUCUGUGGAAGAGGAGGAACGAGAUUUCGGAUGCAACUCUGAGAGCUAUCAUUCAGAGCCCCAAAAUCCCCAUCUGGGUCAUUUACACAUGCCAAAUGGCCACUGUGGACCCAGGCCUGUGUUCUUUGAGGGAGGGGAGGAAAGAGAUAGCCAUCAGGACCGGGGCAGACUGAAGGGUGGAUCAGAGGAGGGCUGUAAUGGAGGCGGUGGCUCUCACAAAGGUUUCUUUCCCACUGAAGUCCCACAAAAACACUUGAACCAAAGAAGACAGAAGGGGCCCUGUGUCCCACCCUUCGGCAUCACCAGUCUGGAGCCCUCGAAAUCCACAACCAACGGGGACCAGCGGGGCCAGGGUUCGGAUGUGGCGAGGCAGCAGAGGGGGCAGGAUUCGGUGAGGGAUCAAAUCAGACAAGUGGUGACGGAUCUGGAGGAUGUGUUGGGGGGUUUGAAGCAAGUUCACGUGGAGAUGAAAGAGGUGGUCCAGCAGAUUGAUCGUCUCACAGCCAGAAUUGACGUCAGCGAGGAGACGCCCUGCAUCGCUCAGGGGGCGUCCAAUAACUUUCCCGUCUCGACUCAUCCGGGUGACCUUAGGGCGUCCCCGCUGCCUCAUCACCGUCACGAUCCGGUCCAGGCGAUGCAACACAUCGACGAAGACCGCAUCCUAUUAAGAACUAACUCUCCCUCCCCUGUUCACAUGGCGUCCGUCGUCAAAACCAGCCGCUUCACCCCACCCAGCAUCACCAAGGACCACAACCACGAAAGGACAGGCGUAAACGGCCACCCGCCUCACCUCUAUACCCCCAGAGACACCAACCACGUCGGACAAGCUCCUCCCGAGUCCCACCCACAGAGCCUGGACCCUAAGGUCAUUAUUGGUAACAGCACCUCCAGUUCAAGAACUCAGAAGCCUCCUCUUUACCCUCAAAACGGGCGCUGUGGGAAGGGCCCGUACCCGCCUCCCAAGCCUGUGAGGACCCCUGCCUACCCUGCAAAAGGCUGCCAGAGCACCAGCAUGGUGUGAUGGAGGGGGGGUGGUGGUCUGCCCCGGUGCCAUGGGGGCCUGAAACAUGAGACCCUGCUGCAGCGAGUGGAGGUCAGAGUGGGACCAGGCAGGGGAAUAACUCAUGGAGGGAGAGACACGCUCCAAGCUCCAGGUCGAGGCCGGCGGCCAGAGAAACGUGUCGGGGGGAAAAAAGUGCACGUACUUGAGCUUUCAUUUAUAAAACAGGAGCUGAUGCCACUGAGACAAGCUGUCAGCCGGUGGAAACAGAGCUCGGCCUGAAGGUGGGGAUAUUUCCAAAGGGAAAACUCCCCCCGAAGAGUCCACCUGCGCCUGUAUGUCACGCAAGCACAGAAGCAUGGAGGAGUGGCAGUCAAACCUCAACGAGAAUUCAUGGUUUUUGCUUUUUUCAUGAGAGGUAGUGGCAAAUAAUGAGGAUAAAGCGAACAACCACCAAUACAAAGAUAAAAAAGUAUAUUUCUAUGAGUGUUAAUUUAUUUUAUACUAGGCUAUUUUUUAUUGUGAAGAAAUAUAUUUUCAGGCAGCUCACACCAGUCUGGAUACUACCUAACCUAAUGUAUGCUAUAUCAAGAUGUAUAUCAUCAAAGCUAUUGUACAGGUAUUUUACAAAUAAAAGAGUUUGGACAGUUUUUCAUGGUUGUCAAAGUAUGUAAGGAGAAUAAUCAGGAAGGAGACUGGAAAAUUGCAAUACAAUAGAUUCUUCUUCCCUUUUUCACACAAUGUGACGUCUCAAUUAGGUAACUCUAAGAGAUGUGCAUUGACCGCUGAA